CAAACACACCCUACGUUUUUCCGUUAUUACCUCUCAAAUUAUCCACGAACAAGUCAAAGAUGAGGCGUAACAAAGAAUCCAAGAAGAAAACUCGCUCCUCAUCACCGCUCAGGGACCGAACCGGUGAUCCAACGAGCCUCGAAUCGAGGCGUUAUGGGUCUAACCCAUCAAGCCUCAGCCCCUCUGCGUCCCUUCUGGACCGUGACCUCAUCACUGGCGAAGCCAGUCUUCUCGGAGACCUAAAACUCUCUCCCGAUGACCUAGUUUCCGACUACAAUCCCCGGAGCUUUCCUCACAGUGUGAAGCAGCAAUGUUGGGAUAAGGCCGAGAAGAUUAAAGGAAGAGACCCAUCUCGGUGGCGACGAGAUGCUCUUGGUAACAUCGUUUUUCGAAAGCUUGUUGGCUGCCCCGGCUGUCUCUGUCAUGACUAUGAUCACAUUUUGCCUUACUCUAAGGGAGGAAAAAGCACACUGGAAAAUUGUCAGGUUUUGCAGGCAACUGUGAAUCGAUCAAAGGGAAACCGGACUGAAAUUUCAAGGGCAGAACUAAUACAGAAAAGCUCGUAUUGCCGGGUUUCAGGUCGAGACAUGGAUCUUCUUGAACUAUCUGCCUAUGGCAAUGUACAUCGUGGACAAGACUCGGGAGGCUGUAGAAUUCAAUGACUAAUUGAGUUAUUAUACUAUAACCUGUAGUAUAAUUGAUUCCAGUGUGAGACGUGGAAACUUAACAAAAAAAACAGAAAACAAAAAGAUUGAAAUGAAAAAAGUAGGGAAUUUCUCCCUUGUUCUUAUUUCAUUAGUUUAUAGAUCGAGCACGUGUAUGUAUCGUUUUUGCGAACAAGCUCAUUGGUUGCAUAUAGUAUCAUGUAGAAGCAUUGCUUUUAUGCCUUCAUGUCUGAUUUGAUGUGUGUAGAACCUAUGAUUGAAGGGUUACAGUUCAAAAGAAAGUAUUAUCAUAUUGGAAAUGAAAGAAGUUAA